AUGGGAAAUUAUAUAUCCAAAGCACCAGUUUUAACAUGUGUAGUAUUAAUUUUUGCCACUACAAUAUAUAUCUUAACAAAAAAAAAUAAAAAAAUAAAAAAUGAUAAUAUUGUAAAGGAUGCCAUAAAUUCUAUAAAUAAUAAUAAUAUUAAUAUUAAUAAUAAAAGUAAGGCCCAAAUUGAAGAAGAGGUAUUAAAGAAAUUCAGAGACUAUGAUAUUGUAAUUGAUUUGGCCAGUGUUGAUACAUUUGUAAUUAAAGAUUCUUCAUGGACCAUUUAUAUAAGUGAUCAAGUAUUGAAAGACUGUGAUCCAUCUGCUGAAUAUCCAAUUGCCAAAAUCUUAGAAGGUUCAGAUAAAUAUAAAACCAUUACAGUAAUUGGUUAUUUUAAAAGAGGUAAAACUUUUGUUAUUAAUUUAAUUAAUGAUUUUAAUUUACCAUCUGGUAGUAAGAACAAGACUAAAGGCUUAUCAAUGAUUAUUUCACAGGCUACCACCUCUUUAUUUAUUGAUACACAAGGUGGUAAUACACCACUUCCAUGUCAUACUAACGAUGUUGAAGAUGCCGAGCUCCAAAGAAUCUAUAAUAUCAGUACUGGCGAUCCAAAUCAAUUGAACAAUCUCCAUCUUGCUAGAAAGAAAGCUACAGAGUCAUUUAUACAAGAAGUUGCUAUCGGUUUAUCUAAUCUAGUUAUUUUUGUUGUAAACGAGAUGACAUGGAGCGACCAACAAAACAUAAUGGCCCUUCAGAAAAAGAUAAUGAACCAAGAAAGCAAAGCUAGUCGUCUAUAUGUUAUCCAUAACUUUAUGAAUGUUGAUAACGAGAAAGAUUUGAUUGCAAUGAUCAAGACCUAUGUUACUACCCCAUUCAAAGGUAGAUUCCAUCCAGAUUUUGAAUGCGAUGAUUUGGUUGUUCAUAGUUUUGCUGAUGCUGCUAAUAAUACCACCCAUUUCUUCCUCUGUGAUGAUAACAGUGAAUUUGGUCACAAAUGGAACAGAAUAGUUGCAAAACUUAUUAGAAACAAUAUUAAGGGCAUUAUUGAUGAAAAUAAAGAAUUUGAUACCAUUUUAUUAAAGACCAUUAAAGAAAAGAUGAAAGUUAAUAUCAAGUAUCCAUCCGAUUUGAAGAUUGUACCAUAUAAGAACGAGGAGCUCUCUCUAGUUGAAAAACAUCCAAAAAAAAAGAACUUUUCUUUUAAUAGAGAAAAAAAUAAUAUUAAGCCACACAUGAUAAAAGCUCUAGACGAAUAUGAAGAGUUGUUCGACCAAGUAGCCCCGAUCUCCAUUGAUAUCAACCAAAUUCCAAUGUUUUCUAUUGUUCCGAUCGAAUACAAAGUUGAUGGAAAAAUUGACCAUUCCCUAAAAGCUAAAGACAUUGACUACAUAGAUAAUAAUAUAGUUGUAAGAGGUGGUUAUAAACCACCUUUUGACCGUAUUGAAGAUGAAAAUAGUUUGACUCUAGUAUUUGAUAUUCCUUUUAUUUUUCAAAAUGAUAUUAACCAUAUGAUCUAUUAUGAUAAAGAUGAAGAUUGUAUGGUUUUAAGGGUCUGGGGUAUUAGGGAAUUGAAAUAUAAAACAGACGAAAAAGAUGUAACUGAUAAUGGUAGUUUAGGCGUUUGCAAAUAUUCACCAGCCACAAAAUUAAUCCCAUCUUCAAACUCUCGUAAGGAAGGUGAGUACGAUCUAAGAAUACCGAUCCAAGCUUGUUAUGGUAUUGAAUACGAAACAGAUUUUGAAAACGGAAUGUUAAACGUAAUGUUUAAAAAUAUUUUGAACAAAAAAAAAAUUAUUAAAUAAAAACAAAAUUAUUUUAUU